AUGGCAAAUGAGACCUUCCUCGCCCGCCUUUGCGAGCAGGCCGAGCGCUACGAUGAGAUGGUCACGUACAUGAAGGAGGUUGCCAAGCUCGGUGGCGAGCUGAGUGUUGACGAGCGCAACCUGCUCUCGGUCGCCUACAAGAACGUUGUUGGUACCCGCCGUGCCAGCUGGCGCAUCAUCUCCUCGAUCGAGCAGAAGGAGGAGUCUAAGGGCUCCGAGAAGCACGUUGCCACCAUCCGGGAAUACCGCCAGAAGAUUGAGAAUGAGCUGGAGAAGGUCUGCCAGGAUGUCCUUGAGGUCUUGGACGAAUCCCUGAUCCCCAACGCCAGCACGGGGGAGUCUAAGGUCUUCUAUCACAAGAUGAAGGGCGACUAUCACCGCUAUCUCGCCGAGUUUGCCUCGGGCGAGAAGCGCAAGGUUGCCGCGACCGCUGCCCACGAGGCUUACAAGAGCGCCACCGAUGUCGCCCAGACUGAGCUGACCCCCACCCACCCAAUCCGUCUUGGCCUCGCCCUCAACUUCUCGGUCUUCUACUACGAGAUUCUGAACUCGCCCGACCGCGCCUGCCACCUGGCCAAGCAGGCCUUUGACGACGCGAUCGCCGAGCUCGACUCGCUCUCGGAGGAGUCGUACCGCGACAGCACCCUCAUCAUGCAGCUGCUCCGCGACAACCUCACCCUCUGGACCUCGUCCGACAAUGGCGAGCCCGAGGGCGCUGUCGAGCCCCCCAGGGAGGAGAAGGCCGACGCCCCCAAGGAGGCCGACGGCCAGGCCGAGGAGCCUGCGCCCGAGCAGGCGUAA